AUGUCGGCCAACGGUCAGGCUGUUCUUCAGAGUCUCCACAACAAGGUGGCUGCGCGGACGAUACAAGUCACGGUCGUACCGAGACCGACCAAGUUCGCCGAGCGACGCGCUGUCCUGCAUUCGCUGCAGAAGUUCGCCAACGUCGAAGUAUUCAAGAAGCUAGAUAACCAUCCCUCAUCCUUCAUCUCGGUACUCAGCGACAAGGCGAAAGUCAAGGAACUCGCCAAGAUCAGCCCACUGCAAUACCAGCUCGCGACGCCCCGGACUAACGGGUCCGUCAAGACAUUCUUGAUAAGCACGGCCUCUUCCGGCCCCUUUUUCAACCCGAAAAGACCAGACAACGACGUAGAGGGCGCCGCGCAGGCGGAGGACACGAAGGAGUUCACGGUAUACAUCUUCCCGGCCCCGACCUAUAUCCACUCCGCCGCUAUCAAGGCGUCCCCUCUGUAUGGCCCAUGGCCUAGGUCUCGUCGUGAGACGGUCAUGUCGGCGACCCUGAGAGAGUCGCUGCCCAAAGACGUCGCCGCCGACGGGCUGGCGGACUGGGAGACGGGCGGCCAGAUCAAGGCCUCCGCCAAGGGCCAGCUGUGGGAGGACAUCCUCCUCGGCACCAAGUCGGUGGACGUCAAGAAGCGCGCGAUCAUCGACCGUAUCCAACGGAGGGAGGAUGUCGAAAAGGCACCUGCCAUUAUGGAAGGCUUGUUGCAUCUCCAACAAGGGGCCGACAAGUCGAAAUGA